CUAGUGGUGGUCCGAGCCGCUGAUAAGGCUUUGCAGGCUAUCUGACUUCAGUCUAGAUGAAGGAUGAGCUUCUCAUACAUAGACGUUGUCCAUCCUGCUGAUGCUCCCUCGUCUCAUCGUAAACUCUUGUGCACCCUCUGGUGCUUGCUAGUCUCCCAAACUUCUUUGUGUAGCCUGCUUUGCAGAUUGUCUUCCUUGUCUGUGUGGUUGCUCAUUAUUCAGAGACAGACGGAUCUCAGGUCAUCUGCAGCUGCAGCAAAGGAGAAGCAGGAAAGAUGGCGAUCAUCCAUUAGACCGACCGGGCGCACGCAUGAAAUACGAGGACAACUUUUGGGAGGAUCGCUUGAGGAGAAGAUUGUACCAACACAGUGAACCAACUCUGUCAGCCUCGAGCUGCCUGUGGUGGAAAAAAUCCUGAAUUCUUUGGAGACGCCCGUUCCUUGGGCAGUGUGGUGCCACCAGACAAGGCCUUCAUUGAGCAGGAACAGGAGUGGUCUUGUAGAAGGGAUCCACACUGGCUCGGCCUACGAAGCAACAGAGCUGUCCAAGGACGAUUAAAUAUUUAAGAGCAUGGAAAGGAGGUCUCAGUGGUUUCCCUGAUUUUCCAGGGAGUGCUCCCUUUUUUCAGUAAUGGAGGUAUUGCAGUGCGACGGCUGUGACUUUCGUGCCGAGUCAUACGAUGACUUGAAGACCCACAUUCAGGAAGUGCACACUGUUUUCCUGCAGCCUGCAGAUGCAGAUGAGUCUGACUCUCUGAAAGACGAGGAUGAAGAUGAGGAGGAAGAGGAGGAAUAUGAGGACAAGGAUGACAAGGAUUAUACGCCUCCUAAAGCUGGAAUGAGCCCCAUCUCUACUGACAAUUCCAACCAAACACAACAAAAGCAGACAGCUGAAACCCACCAGCCGUUUUAUCAGUGCAAGUUCUGUGUUCGUUACUUCAGAUCGAAGUCAUUCUUAAAAAAUCACACCAAAAAAGUGCAUAAUGUUGUAGAGGAAGAUUCAGAUGCAAGAAUCUCCUCCCAGACAGCUAAGCAGUCCAGCUACACCAUUAUAAUGCACAAUGACCAUUCAAAGGUGUAUUCUUGUCAGUAUUGUGCAUACCAGUCUCCACGCAAAGCAAGGAUAAUGAAACACCAACUAAUGUAUCAUAGCAAGGUUCCCUCUGAGAGCACUGGAGAUCCAUCAGAAUAUGCAGAGACCAGAGAGGAAUUAGACUCAGCCAAUGUGCUCACAAAGGGAACAUUUGCCUGCGAAUGGUGUGACUAUCAGACUGACCAGAAGGACAGCUGGACUAAUCACGUGGUGAAGGAACACAGUGACAAGGUCAAGAUAGUUUCUUCUAUUGCGGAGCUGGAAGGGGAGUCAAGUGCAAGCUCACCCAAACCAGAUUCUCCCUCCGCUUCCCGAAGCCCGACUAGAUCAAAGAUGAGUUUAACUGACGUUUGUGAAAAGGAAGAGUCAGUAGGAAAAACAGCAGAAAACAUGUCAGAGAAGACAGUCCCAGAGAUCUCUACCUUUCAAUAUGCACAGAUUCGUGCAGUAACACCCAACAGCACAGGUUCCUCCAUUUUGUCCAAGAGGUUUGCUUCAGCUGACAUCUCCAACAGCGUCGUAGGGAUGGAUGCCAACGUAUUUAAUGAGGAGGACUCUCGUAGCAGCUUAGAGGAUGAUGAUGAGGAAGAGUUGGGCGACAUAGAUGAUCCUAGCUAUACUGGGACCCUGUCAGCAGAUGCAAAGCAGCUUUUAACUGACGAGGACAAUAAAUUACUGGAGACUAAAGGAAUACCAUUUAGAAAGUACAUGAACCGUUUUCAGUGCCCCUUCUGCUCCUUCCUCACCAUGCACAGGCGGAGCAUCUCCCGCCACAUUGAAAACAUUCACCUUUCUGGUAAAACCACAGUGUAUAAAUGUGAUGAAUGCCCGUUUAUUUGCACCAGCCCUCUUAAACUAGGCACGCACAAACAGAGCCACAUGUCCUCAGAUUUAGACACCAUGGACUUAACAACUGAUAGUCCAGAUCCUCACAAUGACAAUGCUACAGAGCCAGUUAACGGGGGUAAUGUAAGCUCCAAAGUCAAUGGAAAAAAGGUAACCAGCACACCGAACGACCAGCAGAACCCUCAUCGCUGCACGCUCUGCAGCUUCUCUACCACCACUCUGAAAGGUCUGAGGGUUCACCAGCAGCACAAGCAUUCCUACUGUGAUGACCUAGAUCCCACUGUCUUUGAAAGCCAGCUGACUGACCAGACCGACUCUGAAAUAGAUGCUUCUCCAAUCUUUCUACAAAAAACCCAGACCUCCAUUUUAGGACUUGCCACCAAAAAGCCCUUAGUAACAGGGAAAAGAGCCAGAAAGUCCAUUAAUGACUUGCCUUUGGAUUUGUCCUCGGUUAAGAAGAGAACUAGAAUUGAUGAAAUUGCCAGUAACCUUCAAAGUAAGAUAAGCCAAAGCCAACAGGACAUGAUCAUAAACCUAGAUGACAUGGAUGAUGAAGAUGCAGGAGAAAAUCACACCAGUUCUGAUAAAGAGGGUAGAAACCAUGACAAUAAAAACCCUGUCUUCAAUUAUAACACACAACAGCUUCAUGCAAGAGAAUCAAUGAUCUCUCACGAGGGAGGCAGAAUAGGGAAAAGAAAAAGCAACCCUAAGUCAAAACCUAGAAACCUUCCUAUAUCACUGACUCUCUCAGAUGAUAGUGAAAACAUCUCUGCUGAACCCAGCGACAGUGCUAUUCAAGAGAACGCUGAUUAUUCAGAGGAACCGGGAACUACACGUUUCUACUGUAAACACUGUGAUUACCACAACAAAUCAGCUCGCAGCGUCAGCACCCAUUACCAGAGGAUGCAUCCUUACAUCAAGUUCAGCUUUAAGUACAUCCUGGACCCCGAGGACCAGAGCGCGGUCUUCCGCUGCUUAGAGUGCUACAUCGAAUACACAAAUUACAACGAUCUGCACCAACACUACAUGGAUCACCACCCUGAAGCAAGCAAUGUGCUGAACUUCAACCAACCAAAUCUGGUAUACAUGUGCCGCUUUUGUUCGUACACAAGCCCCAAUGUCAGGAGCCUAAUGCCCCAUUACCAAAGAAUGCACCCUACAGUAAAAAUCAACAAUGCUAUGAUCUUCUCCAGCUAUGUAGUGGAGCAGUCCCAUAAAACGGGUGAAUCACAAACCCUGAGGGAAAUAUUAAACUCUGGCCCCAAGAAUUUGAACUCAGCCACAUCAACCCCCAGGUCAUCCUCCAGCCCAGUGCUGAAAACGGUCUCUAAGACCCCUGAAGCCAGUGCUGAGACAGACCCUCUCAAAGAAUCUGUGGGUAGUAAUGUUGUCGUCUAUGAUUGUGAUGUGUGUUCUUUUGCUAGCCCCAACAUGCACUCUGUUUUGGUCCACUAUCAGAAGAAACACCCAGAGCAAAAGGCGUCUUAUUUCCGUAUACAGAAAACCAUGAAGGUCAUCUCAGUGGAUCAAUCACAGUCUGCUGCAAACUCUUCAUAUAAUCUCAGCAUGGCUACGACUCCAAAACAACCAAGCGCAGAGCUGUAUGGAUCAGAUGAAGAAAUGUACUACUGUAAACAUUGCGUGUACAGCAACAGAUCUGUUGUUGGUGUGUUGGUCCAUUAUCAAAAGAGACACCCAGAAGUAAAAGUGACAGCAAAAUAUAUCAAACAUGGCGCCCCCACCCCCGGUUUGAUGAAAUUAAUGGAUGAAUUGCAAAUUGCGGCUCCCAAACAGUUUUUGAAGCAGUUUCAAAAUAACGGUCACGAUGGAUCUAACAACACAAGCCCUAAACCAGGAAGUGGUGAGAAAGGUGAGGACGAGCUGUUCUUUUGUCAGCAAUGUGAUUAUGGCAACCGCACUGUAAAAGGAGUGCUUAUUCAUUACCAGAAGAAGCAUAGGGAAACCAAGGCCAACGCUGACUUUGUGCGUCGUCACACUGCAGUUGUCCGUAGUCAGCGCGAGCGUGCACAGAUGGUUCAGUCAAGCAGUGUCUCUUCAGCCUUGAUCCCAGCCCCUCCAGACCCUGAAAACACUACGCCCUUGCGCUCCCUGAAGUGCAGACACUGUUCCUACACAUCCCCCUAUAUCUAUGCCCUAAAGAAGCAUCUGAAGAAAGAGCACCCCACUGUAAAAGCCACAGCUAUGACCAUUUUACACUGGGCUUACCAAGAUGGCAUUCUGGAGGCUGGCUACCACUGUGAGUGGUGCAUUUACUCACACGCUGAACCCCAAGGCCUGCUGCUCCAUUACCAAAGACGCCAUCCAGAGCACAAUGUUGAUUACACAUACAUGGCCAGCAAGCUAUGGGCUGGUCCGGAGACCACUCAACAAGGGGGCAAUAUGGAAACUAAACAUUACAAAUGCAGAGACUGUGCCUUUGAGGCCUGUACAAUAUGGGACAUCACUAGUCACUAUCAGGCAGUCCACCCUUGGGUCAUUAAAGGGGAUGAAUCUGUGCUUUUGGAUAUUAUCAAAGGAAAUGGCUCAGCUGAAAAGAUCCACCAGCAGGUUGCCAAAGAACAUGCGUCUCUCGAUUGCCAGCCUGUUGAAGAUGAUGGACCACUGGUCAUUGUCACUACACCUCAAGAAAGCAAUCCCCCUCCUCCACACCCACGCCUUUCCAUCUCUAACAAUCCUUAUCAGUGCACUGUAUGUCUGUCAGAGUACAACAGUCUCCAUGGCCUCCUCACUCACUAUGGAAAGAAGCACCCAGGCAUGAAAGUAAAAGCUGCAGAUUUUGCACAGGAGGCAGACAUCAACCCCAGUUCUGUGUAUAAAUGUCGUCACUGUCCGUAUGUAAACUCCCGAAUCCACGGUGUCCUAACUCACUAUCAAAAGAGACACCCAUUAGUGAAAGUCACUGCAGAAGACUUUGCUGAUGAUAUAGAGCAAAUCCCUGACUUAAAUGAAGGAGAUGACAAGUGCAAAACUCAAAGGCAAGGCUAUGGCGCAUACAGAUGCAAAAUGUGCCCGUACACGCAUGGGACACUGGAGAAACUAAAAAUCCAUUAUGAGAAAUAUCACAAUCAGUCGGCUUCUGAAAUGUUCUCUUCCUCUGUGACAUAUUUCUCUCCUGGUAAAGAAACAGAGCCAGUACCCGAAUGCAGUGCUGGAAAUAUAUCAAGCGCAGCAAAGGUCCAGGAGGUCAGUGAAUUGGACCUUGCCCACUCAGAGUUACCCAUCAAUAAGACAGAGAAACAUGCUAUAUUCAAGUGUCAGCUCUGCAAAUACUUUUGCUCCACCAGGAAAGGCAUUGCUCGUCACUACCGUAUAAAGCACAACAACGUCCGUGCUCAGCCAGAGGGUAAAAACAAUGUCUUCAAAUGUGCUCUGUGUUCUUACACAAAUCCUAUACGCAAAGGUCUGGCAGCACACUACCAGAAGCGGCAUGAUAUUGAUGCCUAUUAUACCCAUUGUCUGGCUGCUUCCAAAACUAUGACCGAAAAGCCUAACAAAGUAAUAGCACCCCUGCCGUCAGAAGGGGACAAUUCAGAAAUGAGUGAAGAGUUGCGUUUGGCUGUGGAGAGACGAAGGUGUUCUCUUUGCGCCUUCCAGGCUUUCAGCAGGAAGAGCAUUGUCUCACACUACAUUAAACGCCACCCCGGUGUCUUCCCCAAGAAGCAGCAUGCCAGCAAGCUUGGCCGCUACUUUACCGUUAUCUAUGCCAAAGAACCUGAGAAGAUUGCUGUCAGUUCAAUAGCAGAGGAUGACAAGGAAAUGCUGGAGGUUCAGCUUGAAACCGAGCAGGACGGAGAGGUCGAAUGGCUGCCUUACAAGUGUCUAAAAUGCUUCCGCUUGUCCUUCAGCACAGGCGAACUGCUUUCUAUGCACUACAACGACCACCACAGUAAUGACUUGAAGAGGGACUUUGUGGUAUCCCCCGAUCACGGGGAUGAGGACUCUGAGUUGUACCAGUGUUCUCACUGUGAGCUGAAGUUCCUGGCUCUCCCGAUUCUGGCCAAACAUCUAUUGAACCACAAUGAGGAGUUUCAGAAGAGGGCCAUGAGGCUGGAGAGGAGGAGGCAGCUGCUCAGCAAACAGAAAGCCGCAGAACUGCCCGAGACCAAACCUGAGAAGGAAAGCCCUGUAAAUAAAGCUCCCAUAGGAUUCAGGUGUAACUUCUGCAUAGAGAUGCACCCCACCCUCCGAGCCAUCUGCAACCACCUUCGGAAGCACGUCCAGUAUGGAGAGGUCAAAGAGGGACAUGUCAAGCAGGAAGUCAGCGAGGUCCCCCUGACCCUGCCUUCAGAGAGCCUGACUAACGGCGACCUCGAGGGGGAUGAAGCAGCUGAGUCUAAAGCCGAUGGCAUCGAGAGACCCGCGGCUACGAUGGUCGGUCAAUCCUUGGUUUCCACAGCUUCUGGUGGUGUUGCCGUUGCCGCUGAGCCACUGCAACCAAAAACGGAUGCUAUUGAAGGAAGGGCAGCAGCCCUCGUGGCUGCAGCGAGGGCCGUGGUGUCAGAGGGCGAACUGAAGCAGCGAUUAGCAGCAGGGGGUCACCCAUGUGCCCAGUGUGACCGAGUCUUUAUGUCCAUGCAGGGACUGAGGUCCCAUGAGAGGAGCCACUCAGCCAUGGCGCUGUUCAGCAGAGAGGACAAAUACAGCUGCCAGUACUGCCAGUUCGUCUCACCGUUCAGACACAAUCUGGACAGACAUGUGCAGUCUCACCACGGACACCACAAGCCCUUCAAGUGCAAACUCUGCCCCUUUAAAUCUGCCUACGUGAGUCGCUUGAAGAGCCACCUGCAUAAGGCACACACAGGUGAGCAGUACACAUACAAGUGCUUGUCGUGCCCCUUCUCCUCAAUGACCAUCAGUCAGCUGAAGGAGCACUCUCUGAGAGACCAUGGUGAGGCCCUGACCCUCCCCAAACUCCGGGCUGCUACCCAGGCUGCUCAUGGCGCCCUUAGGCCCUCACGGCUGGCCAGUAACACAGAGCAGACUCCCUUGGCCCCGGAUGAUCUAUCAUACCUAGAGGAGCCAGCGGAUGUUCGUCAGCAGCUUAGUCAUUACCAGCUAGCCUCCCGCAGUCAAAUGUCUUCCGGCUCAACACCUGGUGGCUCAACAGUGGCUGAUAAUCGACCAGACAGCAUCCUCACUUGUGAGUUCUGUGAGUUCAGCUCUGGAUACAUGCAGAGCCUGCGUCGGCACUACAGGGACCGCCAUGGUGGCAAGAAGCUCUUCAAGUGCAAAGACUGUUCCUUUUUCACCUGCUACAAGAAUACCUUCACCAUGCAUGUGGAGGCCGGUCACAACAACAACAACAACAACAACAACAACAACAACGCACCUGACCACUUCUCUAAAGACCUGCGCUGCCCUCUCUGCCUCUACCACACAAAACACAAGAGCAAUAUGAUUGACCACAUUGUCCUGCACAGAGAGGAGCGCGUGGCUCCGUUGGAGGUCAGCCGCUCCAAGCUGUCGCGCCACCUGCAGGGCCUCAUAUUCCGUUGCCACAAAUGCACCUUCACAUGCUCCAGUGACCAGGCCCUGCAGCUGCACCUGCAGAAGCAUGCUGAGAUCAAACCCUACCAGUGCCAGCUCUGUUAUUACGAUAGCAGUCAAAGGAGCCAGCUAGAGGAGCAUCUGCGCCUUGAGCACAAGGUUAUUCGGAACUUCGAGCUGAUGGGCCGCGUCAACCUGGACCAGCUGGAGAUGAUAAAGGAACAAGGGAGCAGCGCAGAAGAGGAAGAAGAAAGAGAAAUCUUGGAGAUGGUUGAAGAUGGGAAAGAAGUUGCAGAGGAGGAGGAUGAUGAAGAUGAAAUGGAGAUUGUGGAGAACAUAGUGGAGGAACAGAGAGAGAUGGAUGAUGAAGAGAUAGAGGACAACAUCAAAGAGGAAGAGGAGGAGGAGGAAGAUGAAGAGGAAGUCAGGGAGGUGGAGGAGGAAAAGCCUGGCCUACAAGAGGUCCUUGCAUCUCCCACCAGCAGCAGCAGCUCUGCACCGAGCAGCGCAGAGAAGCGUCUUCCCUGUGAGUUCUGUGGCCGCUGCUUUACCAACAGCCUUGAGUGGGAACGUCAUGUCCUUCGACAUGGCAUGAUGGUAAACAACAGUCAGAUGGACACCAGCACCACCUCCGCAAUAGAAGCCUCAGCUUCAUCUUCCUCUGGCUCCGCCUCGGCCUUGAUGGACACAGGAUUGCACCUGUCCAGCAACAAGGAAGGGAACCCCGCUGAUUUGUCACUGAGAAGUCCAAGCCAGUAUGUGGAAGACAAAGAAAUGCUCAACACCAAAAAUGAUCAACAGUUUGGUUGAACUGAUUGUGGCCUCUUGUGCUAGAAACUGAUAACAUUGGGUAGGAUCAACACUGAGUUGGAUCUUUAAAUAGGACUUCAAAGGAAACAAAAAGAUUGAAACUGAAAAAUAAGUGACUUCUUAUGAGUUGGCGCAUUACUAGAUUUUAUGUGUUACAUAUUUAAGUAUUAGAUUGUGCUGCAUAAAAUGGCUGAGGUCUUUAAAUGGGCAGUCCCCUAGGACAGAUCUUAAUAUAUUGGUAACCAAUAGUGAACAGAACUCUUUAUUGCUGACAUUCUGGUCAAAUCUACAGUGAAAGAUCCCACCUAGAUAAAAACUAAGCUAUUUAUAAAGAAUGUUGUCCAAAAUGAUUAACAAAAUUUUGUGUUUUAUUAUUUGAAGCACCUUUUACACUCUCCCAAAAGAGGAGUACUUUAAAUUUACCCAAAAUAAAUAAACAAGAUAUGAAAGCAUUUAAACUGUGGCCCACUGUAGAGCUUUUUCAUUUUAGCCUUGUGUUAAUUGUGUCGAAGUAUUCCUUGAGAAAGAGUCGCACCUUAUCUAUUUUAGUAAAACCACAAAUCAUGUUUUCUUUAUUCGUAGAAAUACUGACAAUUUCCCCCAAUGUUUGUAGCAAAUUGCUAUAUUUUAGGUCCCUUAAUAUUAUACUACGUAUAAGCCUUCAGCCUGUGGCACCCUUUGCAUUUUGACUGUACUAUUUCAUUGUCCAGAUAUUUCACCGAUGAAAUCAUGAAAAUAAUGGCAUUAGUUUAAGUCUCCCAUCCCCGUAACAUAUAAUGGUGUUUGUAGUCCAGGUUAAACAAGAUCACAGUUGACCUAUGCACUCAGCAGAUCAAUAUAACAACAGAGCUAUGUUUAAUGUGUCACGACUGUAUCCAUUUGACAUAGGUAUCUAUUAAUCUGAUCAUAGCAAAGGUUAGCCUGGAACAUAUAACUACAGGUUUUUACAACAGUGGCGUGAUAUUUAUCAUUGUGAUCAAUAAAGAUUACACUUGUCUUUUCGGUGCAAAUUUGACAAUUGGACCUGCCAGAAUCCAGCUCUGCACAUACUGUAUGUGCAUCCCCAAAUGACAAUUUAAUGCAAAGUUUGGAGGAGGCUGACUACCACGGCUGAGUGUUGAAGCCAGUGUGCUAGUGCCUUAAAAUGCAGUUCCUCUAAUGGCCACUAAAUGUCUUUAAUUGCUUUAACCGCACAAUAUGUAAUUUUCUGCCACGAGGGUUCUCUUAAUCAAGAGAUGGAGUUUUGAGUGACGUCAUGAAGUAGCUUGAGGGUGGGAUCAGGGGAGUUGUUGUCUUCACCACACGUCAUUGCAGUCAGCUUCUCCCGGUUAGGAUUUCUUCAGUGUUCAUCGGGUUUUUACCGGGAGCCGAAUUAUCCACAUAGGUAUCCUCCUCUCCAAAACAACGGAGCAGGUGAUUAAAACCAGUAAAAACACUGAAUAAAACAGUUUCACAUCAAAAAUCUGUGUUUUUCUAAAGCUGUUUGCCGACAAAGGACGUCUCGGACUAAAAUCUUUCAUCCGGUUAAGAUAUAUAGUAAAAAAACAACCAAUAUCUAAAAAGUGAAGAGUUAAAAUGUGGUUUAAAACUGGAUAAAAAAAUAUUUUAUGACAGCUUCUGGUAGACAACCACAACACUGCGCAAAUGUAACCUUGAUUAAAAUUACAGAUUUCUCUGGGUUUGAAAAUUGUUGGAAACAUUUAGGAUAAUGUAAGUACACAACUCAACAAAAUAUAUAACAUUGGUCUUGUCAUUUUUAGACAUUUUAAUGGGGAAAAAGUUACAUAUUAUACCUUUUUUUAAAAAGGACAGCUGGUUUGAAGUAACCAGGAAAUCAAUUUACUACAAUAAUUUAUAGCCUCACAAUCUAAUUUCACUUCUUCUAAUGUGUGUCUUAGUGGCAAUUUUCACAGUCAUUGUUUAAGUAAGAGCAGAUUAGAUGAAAUUAGAUUUGACUUUUUUAUUGUAAUUGCAGCAAUUGAGUGAGUACCAGUACAAAGAGAUGUGGUGUAGUGGUAUUUAGCCAUGGCAAUAGCUUUGGUUUAUUUGCCAAGGGAUUGAGAUAUCGGUCUCUGAGAUUUCUGUCGGUCCAAUGAAAGUGGAUGGAAUUUAAUUUGUUAUACUCACAGCAUUAAAGAAAAUGCAGUUUUCAUUGGAACUACUUUCUACUAAAUAAAUAGUCCCUGAAAACUGUUGAUAAUGUGUUCUGAGUGUACUACUACUGUAUAUUAUCUGGAGUGAAAGGAAUAUAAAUUCUGCUGAAUGUUUUUUUUAUGCUGUGAGCAUCACAAAUGAAAUGUCAUGCUAAACUGGGUAUGUGUGGAGCAAUGUUUGCUUGAUUGACAGAUGUCUCUGCCUUUCACAGUCAGCCCUGGUGAUUACCUCAACUCCAUCCAGGUCCCUCCACAUCGCCUAAAUUCAGAUUGUUAGGCUCCAAAUGACUGACAGGCUGGCAUUAAGCAUUAAACUCAAAUCUUGGCUUCAAGACAUCCCUUUAGAAACUUAUGGCUGAUGCCACAGACAUGUUUUCUACAGUCUGUGGUCCAGUGGUGACGCAAUAGACACUGAAAAGACAAGUGUAACCAAGUCGAAAAGUCCUAAAAACCAAUUGUUUCCACAUGUAUAGAGUUUAUUUGCCACUGGGACUAUAUGUUGAACAUUGACUUAUUUUAAAGGUGUCAAAUCGCCCAACUUAAACACCUUUAAAUUAUUUAUUGGCACAACUGUCAUAGCCUGCAUAUGUGUGCUUCUUUUUAGACAAAGUUCUCAUGUUAUUGUUAUUACUGACAAAAGGCAGAGAUUGUAUUUGUUGGAAGUUGCUGCUUGAAUGCCCUAAAGCCUUAUAAGAUAAUAAAUAGCAAUUAUUAAGACACAUUUAUAUUCAAUUCCAAUAAGACCAAUAAGCAACGUUAAACAAUCGGAAAUAAAGUGGCUGAUAACUAAAUUAUAAUGUCGAAUUCAUAAAGGAGCACAAUUAAUGUAUUGUGUUCUUGGUACCAAAACAUUUACCAAGCCUGCUGUGUUGCUGCUGUGAUUGUCUUUCCUGAACAUUGAACCUUUGAUGGAAAUAGGAAAUUUGGGUUUGGAACCCAGGCGAACCACGUUUGCAGCCAUGUAUAGAAAACUAAAUUACUUGUUAAGUGUUUGAACCGUGGUGUUUCAGAAAGGAUACUUUAACCCUUUUUUCCUUUAGGUGUUCUCAUUUAAAAAAAAAAAGAAAAAAAAAAAAAAAGAAAGGGAAAAAAAAAAAAGAAAUCUAAAGAUGAUAGCUAACCCUUAAGGGCUUUUUGAGUCCCCAAUCCAACAUUAUUACGCUGUUGUACAAUGUCUGGUUACAAUGAAAAAUAUCUCCUUUUUGUACUGUAAUGGGAAUGAGCAGAAGAGCAGUGUGGUUGUACAAUAUUUAAACACGUGAAGGAAAAUGAUGCAGUUCUCUACUAAUUUGUGGCCAUGGCUUUUAUUGUGAACAAGAAGAAAAAAAAAAUACCUAAACUGCUUGACCCUUUUCUGGGCUUGGCCACGAUCUGGUUUCCCAGUCGACCCAUAGAUCCCUCUAAAAUCUAGCUGACUCAUGUCCAAUUCAACAUCUGGCACUCCAGUAAGGGCAUCAGCUCACUUGCUCCAAGUAGGCCUAACAGUAGUCUACCCAGUCAACAAGAGGUGGGAAUGUAGCAGCCCCACUAUGCUCCUCAGUCCUUGUAAUACCUUAAAAACCUGUUGAGUUGGUGCUGAAUCUCAAAGCCCUUUUCUGUUUUUCAGGACCAGCUUGUAGCUUUUUGAAAGUAAAACUGUUUGAAAACUGUUGUAGAAAUAAGCUUUGUAGGGCAGCUUGUUGCCCAGCUUGAAAGCCCAGUGCAAACAGAUGAUAAAUUAGGACAAUCUGGGUAAUGAAGCUGUCAACCCAAAAUUGUUUGUUGUUGUGUGAUUAUUUUAAUAGAAAAUGACUAUGAAUCCUUCACUGUGUGCAGUCUCUAGACUGUAAUAUUCCCAGUUUACCCAAAGUUAAGCCUCUGCUGACAACACACUGGAUACUUGUAUAUAUGUUUAGUUUGUUUCCGAUGCAUUUCUCUUUUCAGACUGUUGUCAUAGUUUGACACUAGAAUCUCUCCUUCUUGCCUUUCUUCCCAUAUAAAUCUGAUUACCUGAUGGUGGGUUGUGAUGUUGCCUAGAAUGAUUGUUUACAAUUUUAUUCCAUUUAUCUCUGGAUAUUCUGUAAAUAUUGUAAUUCAUUGUCUUUUUUUAACUUGAUAAUAAAGUUAUCAGAUAACGGUUAA